GCGCACUGGCGCUCCCUUUUCUCAAUGACUCGCUACAAGUCGCUUGGGAACCCGAAGUGUUGCCUCCCUUUGCCUUUGUGCCCAAGAAGGAGAGAAGGACGUUGCAAGGAGAAGACAUGGAAGUCGGAGGCCAUAAAACAACCCUCAAGGUUCCUUCUAGGUUGCCUUCUCUUCGGGGUGGAAUAGAUACUCUGGACGCCCCAUUAAAUCAGAAUCUGGUGACCAUUAAGAGAGAACCCAAAUCUUCUGCUGGGGAGGAAUGGAUCCCAUCAUGUCCGAGAGAGAGUCAAGACAUGACAGUCAAAAAUUUUGAGAAUCAGGUGACCAUUAAGAAGGGCCCUGAGUCUUCAACAGAAGAAGCAUCAAUCCUACCAGAUCCGAGAAAGAGUUUUCGGAAUCUGGUGGCCAUUAAGAGAGAGAACGAGCCUUCAGCAGAGGAGGAAUGGAUCCCACCAGGUCCAAGAGAGAGUCCAUUGCACAUGAAAGUCGAGAGUUUUGAGGAUCCAGUGACCCUUAAGAGAAAAGCCGAACCUUCUGCAGAGGACGAAUGGAUCUCUACAGAUCCUGGAGAGAGCACUCUGCUCAUGGAAGUCGUGGAGGAGAGUUUUGAGGACGUCGCCUCUCCAGCUCAAGAUGAUUCCAACAAGAAGAGUAAAACCCGCGGGAAUCAGAAGGAGGCGGUCGCCGAAAGCCCGGAUUGGGACUACGGCGUCACGUUCAUCUCCCCCGAAGGGACUUACCUCCCCAAAAUCCCGUUGCGCGAGUAUCAGAAGGCUCAGCAGGGGCGCCUGUCAAAAGACGGGGGCCCGAAGAGGCACCAGUGCCUGGAGUGCGGGAAGGCCUUCAAGUUCAACACGAAGCUGAGGCUGCACCAGCGGACCCACACCGGGGAGAAGCCCCACGAGUGCCCCGAGUGCGGGAGGUGCUUCAGCUACAGCGCCAACCUCCGGACGCACCUCAGGACUCACACCGGGGAGAAGCCCUACCGGUGCGCCCAGUGCGGACGCUGCUUCAGCCACAGCUGGAACCACAAGAUGCACCAGAAGGUGCACGAGGCGAAGAGCGGGCAAGGGGGCCAGAAAGAGGCUCCGCCACACGCCGGGCCCCAGAUCACGACAAAUAAUUCGCACAACAGAGACGCGGUGUAAGGGCUAGACCCAACACUUCAUUCCAACUUGGGUCAACCCAUGAAAGCAGCAGAGUUUACACAGGUGUUGGCUUGCUGGUUGGUCAUUCGGUCUAUUAGAGUAGAAGUCAGUCCAGAAGAACGCAAGCCCAGGUUGGAGUUGUGUGGCUCUCCUGAAACUUCUUGUUCCUCCUCCUUUGGUUCCUAGGAGUUGUAUCUCAAGGGCUACACCAUUUCAAUGGUAUGGACAUCUUUGACUCAUAAUCGUGUGCCUGAGUGGACACCAGAACCAAUGUAUGCAAUAAAACCAAGCGAUGGGUCAAGUUUGUCUCUCCAGGCCGUUGUCUCCAGCCCAACAGGACAUCGGAGAAGGCCCUUUUCCAUGAAGCUCUUCUCCAUCUCAGAAGCUCCGUCUUCUCAAACUAAACAAAAGUGGGAAAUGAGCCAGGUUUGAAGAUCCAUCACAGAAUCAUAAGAGUUGGAAGGGGCCACAAGGGCCAUCCAACCCCAGUCUUACUUCCUUGAGCUUCUCCAACGUGUGAAGGAAAAGCAAAGCAUGUUAUGGAAACAUGAAAAAGAAGUGACACAACCCCAAUGAGGUGAACAAUUCUUCCAAAGUUUCCAGGUGUGUGUGUGUGUCCAUAUUGGGUUCCUCUUACAUCAAGAACCCAAUAUGGACUCGUACACACCUGAAAUCAUAGAAUCAUAAGAGUUGAAGGCCCUCAACAGACCUAGGAGCUCUAGAAAUAAAACACACUCCUGUCUUCAUGGAGACCUUCCAAAACAUCCCCAUCUCUUGAUGGAAGAAGAGGCCAGUAUGGACACAAACACACCUGAACUUGGGGUGAAGGCCCUCAAAAAGUGAGGAUCUCUAGAAAUGGAACAUGCUCCUGUCUUCAUGGAGACCACCUACUAAUCAAAAGAAGAUCCAACAAGACCUCCAGGUAAAACUCAUCUGGAACAUGAGAAGAACUUCCAAGUGCAGCACAUGUUGAGUUGCAGUUCCGCAAUCCCUUCCCAUUGGCUGGGGCUGAUGGGAAUUGUAGUUCAGGAACAUCUGGAAAGCCACACAAUUCAUAUUGGAUGAGCCUAUGGGUCCAUAACUUUGGCUUAACUUGCCUUAACGAUCAAUCGAAAACCCACCUGUGGACUAGUAAUUCCAGUGUGACAACUGAGGCUGAACUCUAUUGGUUGUUGGUGGGAAUUGUGUGGUCUGUGGGUCAUAUUCUUCCUUCCCCAAGUCAUCUUCCCAUGAAAAUAAGCCAUGAUUUGCCUCCUAUUUUCAGAGCAAUAUAUUAAUAAUUUUCCGUGGACUGGGGUUGGGUCCAUGGUGGUCAACCAGAACUGCGGUAAGGAGAGCUGCACAUGCAAUAUAAAGUUGGUUUAGUUGAGAAUAUUUUCUUUUCUUUCUCUUUUUUAAUCUCCCUGUUUUCAGUUUUGUUCUGUUUGAUUAAAGGAGUUCAUCCUGC